CAUGUUCGCGUCCCGCUCAAAUUAUCUCGCCUUCUCGGCGUAAAAAACCUAGCCUCCACCGUUCUCUCAGCGUCAAAAUGUCUCUCACACAGCACCUCUCCACUCCAAUAUCUUCGUCCUCCUCUGAUUUCUUGGCCCAUUCCACCUUCAAUUCGAGAACUAAGAAUGUUUCGCUUCCGGCGAAAAGAUUCAGCAUUUGCAAGUGCGUUGCGGCGGCGCCUCAGGAAGCUCAGACUACUUACAAGACAAAGGUCUCUCGCAAUGCAAACAUGGCAAAACUUCAAGCAGGUUACCUUUUUCCUGAGAUUUCUAGAAGGAGGGUUGCACAUCUGCUGAAGUACCCUGAUGCACAAGUGAUAAGCCUUGGAAUUGGUGACACGACUGAGCCUAUUCCAGAAGUUAUAACUUCUGCAAUGGAAAAGAGAUCACGUGCAUUGUCAACACUUGAGGGUUACAGUGGUUAUGGAGCUGAGCAGGGUGAAAAGGCUUUGAGAGCUGCAAUUGCUUCAACAUUUUAUAGAAACCUUGGUAUAGAGGAAGAUGAUAUAUUUGUUUCAGAUGGUGCAAAAUGUGAUUUAUCCCGCCUUCAGGUUGUUUUUGGGGCUAAUGUUACAAUAGCAGUGCAAGACCCAUCAUACCCGGUUUAUGUAGACUCAAGUGUUAUCAUGGGCCAGACUGGACUGUUUCAGAAGGAUGACCAAAAGUUUGAGAGCAUUGAAUAUAUGGAGUGUACUCCAGAGAAUGGUUUCUUUCCUGAUUUAUCGACUGUUUCUCGAACAGAUGUCAUAUUUUUUUGUUCACCAAACAAUCCUACUGGUGCUGCUGCAACCAGGGAGCAACUGACCCAGCUGGUAAAGUUUGCUAAGGACAAUGGGUCAAUCAUAGUCUAUGAUUCUGCAUACGCCAUGUAUGCGUCAGAGGACCUCCCCCGCUCCAUCUUUGAAAUUCCUGGAGCUAAAGAGGUUGCAAUUGAGACGUCAUCAUUUAGCAAGUAUGCUGGGUUCACUGGAGUUCGUCUGGGUUGGACUGCAGUUCCAAAGCAGCUGCUAUUUUCCGAUGGAUCUCCUGUAGCCAAGGACUUCAACCGCAUUGUUUGUACUUGCUUCAAUGGUGCAUCCAACAUUGCCCAAGCUGGUGGUCUAGCUUGCCUUUCACCAGAAGGCCUCGAGGCAAUGCAUGAAGUGAUCGGUUUCUACAAGGAAAAUACUAACAUAAUAGUAGAGACAUUUAAUUCACUUGGGUUCAAUGUAUAUGGAGGGAAGAAUGCCCCAUACGUGUGGGUCCACUUUCCCGGCCGCAGUUCGUGGGAUGUAUUCAGCGAGAUUCUGGAGAAAACUCACGUGGUUACUACCCCUGGCAGUGGUUUUGGACCUGCAGGCGAAGGGUUCAUCAGGGUUAGCGCCUUUGGUCACCGGAGCAAUGUUUUAGAAGCUUGUAAAAGAUUUAAGCAGCUAUACAAGUGAACCAGGGAUCCAACUCUUUUUGGAGCAGAGAUGGGUACAUCUGCCUGCAUUCUUCCAUAUGAUUUCUGCAAUAGUGAGACCUGAGAAUGUUCUGUAUUUUGGAUUGUUAUUUAUUGAUUGCAAAAUCAUUUCUGCAGUUGUAGAAAUAGAGUUUACUUUUGAUCCAGAUUUUAUUUUAUCAUUUUAAAUUGAAAGCAAAUGUUGUAAUAAUUUAGACUCUCCUAGUGAUAUCCAAGAAUUGUGCAUUUUCAACAUAAGCAAUCUGUAUGAGUAAAUGGGAUUUGGCUUUAAGUGCUGUAAAAAAACAACCGACAUGAGAUUUUUUAUAGUUUUUUCAAUGAUCCAAAUUCAAUUUUACUCA